ACUCGAUCUAGGUGUGCAGGACACGGGUGAAAAGUUACUGCUCUUGCUGAGAGCUCAUCAGUUUGAAAUUAGAAGCCAUAAGAGGAAGAUCAUCGAGUCAUCCAAUCCUUGCAAAAAUGGGAAGCAAUGGAAAGCAUACAGCAGAAAGGUAUGCAGUGGUUACAGGAGCAAACAAGGGAAUCGGCCUUGAAACAGUGAGGCAACUGGCGUCUCAAGGAGUCACGGUUGUCCUGACAGCUAGAAAUGAGAAGAGGGGGUUGGAGGCAAUCUCAAAGCUCCACGAGUCUGGUUUGUCAAAUGUUGUCUUCCAUCAGCUUGAUGUCUUGGAUCAGGCCAGCAUCCUCAACUUGGCCAAGUUCAUCCAGGAAAAAUUUGGCAGGCUCGAUAUCUUGGUUAAUAAUGCUGGAGCUAGUGGUGUUGUAGUUGAUGAGGAAGGCCUAAGGGCCUUAAACAUAGAUCCCACAUCAUGGCUCUCAGGAAAGUCUGUCAACUUGGUUCAAGGAGUUAUCAAACAAACUGUUGAGAAGGCAGAACAAUGCUUGAAUACCAAUUACUAUGGUGUGAAAAGACUAACAGAGGCUCUCCUCCCACUAUUACAACUUUCCCCUGCAGGAGCAAGGGUAGUCAAUGUGACCUCCCUCAGGAGUGAACUAAAGAGGAUUCCAGGUGAGCAUAUAAGAAAAGAACUGGGAGACAUAGAAACUCUAACCGAAGAGAAAGUGGAUGCGAUUUUAAGAAAAUUUCGGCAUGACUUGGAAGAAAAUGCACUUGAAAGCAAUGAAUGGGCAUUGAUGCUGCCUGCUUAUAGCAUCUCCAAGGCCACCCUCAAUGCCUACACUAGAAUUCUUGCCAAGAGGUAUCCGUACAUGUGUAUCAAUUGCGUUCAUCCUGGCUUUGUCAAGACGGACUUGAACUGGAACACAGGAAUAAUGACUGUAGAAGAGGGGGCUACAGGCCCAGUAAUGCUGGCUCUUUUACCUGAUGGUGGCCCUACAGGAUGCUACUUCGAUUGUACUCAAGUUGCCGAGUUUUGAUUUAUAGUCGUUUUCCUUUCACAGCAAGUCAAGAAUAAUUUACCAUUCCGCUACUGCAAAGUACUAUUACGUUCUGCUUCACCGUUGAAAAUUUGGCUAAAGGUUUGUUUA